CGUCACCGAUGCACGCGCAGGCGAGGCAAGCCCAGGAAGAUGACGUCACGCUGGUUUGUAGACGUCAUCCCCGGAAGUUGAUUUACGCGGGAAGUCGCCGCCGUCGUUGUUGUUGCUGCUGCUGCUGCUGCGAUGGCGCGGUCUGCCAUGGCGGUGUGCAUGGACGUGGGGCUGAGCAUGGGAAGCCAAGUCCCGGGCCAGAGGACAUCCAUGGAUUUCGCCAAGGAGGUCUUCACCAAGUUCACCCAGAGGCAGGUUUUUGCAGACAGCAAGGAUGAGGUGGCCCUUGUGCUUUUUGGCACUGAGGAGACACAAAAUGACCUGGCUGAAGACGGUGGCUACCAGAACAUCAACGCAAUUCGUUCUCUCAGAGUGGCAGAUUUUGAGCUCCUCGAAUAUAUCCAAACUUUGGAGUCAUGCAGUUGCCAGGGUGACUAUGUGGAUGCUAUUGUGGUAUGCAUGGACCUCCUUCAGAAAAAAGUUGUGGGAAAGCGGUUUGAAAGGAUAAGCAUUUGUGUGCUCAGCGACUUUGGUGGCCCCUGCAGUUCAGACCAGGUUGACAUCAUCAGAAAAAACCUGAAAAAGGCCGAUAUCUCUCUCCAGUUUUUUCUUCCAUUCCCAUUAAGUGAAGAGGGGGACAUGGAUCGUGGUGAUGAUGGCCGUAAUGAAGGGCAAGGCCCUCGCUAUAGAGGUCCAGGGGGUAAAGGCCUCACAGCGGUGCAACACAAAGGAGUGAAGGUUCUGAAGGAUCUGCUGCUGGGGCCAGAGGGGGAGCCGGAGCUGGAUGAAGUCUACACUUUCAGUGAUGGACUAGAACGUCUGAGCUUCUUUAAGAGGAUGGAGCGGCAGCCAUACCCCUGGCCAUGCACAAUGACCUUGGGCGCCAACCUGACCAUCCGCAUUACAGGCUACAAGGCUGUGACAUUGGAGACGCCAAAGAAGGCUUGGACGACCGUUGAGGCGCAGUCAAAGAGAAAGGAAGAUAUAAAGCAGGAGACAGUCUACUGCUUGUUUGAUGAACACGAGAAAGAAAUUGGCGAAGACGACCUCAUCCAAGGAUAUCGUUACGGAAGUGACAUAGUCCCAUUCUCGAAAGAGGAUGAGAGCCAGAUGAAGUACAAGUUGGAUGGGAAAUGUUUUGAUGUGCUGGGCUUUACCAAGUCCUGCCAUAUAAAACGUCAUCACUACAUGGGUACCCAAACCAUCAAAAUCACUGGCAACGGAGAUGAUGAACACUCGGUGGUGGCAUUCUCCGCACUGCUGCAUGCCUUGGAGGAGCUAGACAUGGUGGCCAUCGUCCGUUAUGCCUACAAUGUCGCUUCAAUCCCGCAAGUCGGCUUUGGAUUCCCCAACAUCAAAAGCACCCAUGAAUACAUGGUUUUUUUGCAGCUGCCAUAUUGUGAGGACCUCAGGCAUUACACGUUUCCCCCUCUCCUAAACAACAAGAUGUUCACUCCGUCGGAGGAGCAACUGAGUGCGGUGGACUCGCUCAUCGAUCGGAUGAGCCUGGUGCGGGAGGAUGAGGAGGCAGUAGUAGAGGAGCUCUUUAAGACGACCAAGAUUCCGAACCCAGUGUUCCAGCGCCUUUUCCAGUGCCUGCAGCACAAGGCCUUCUUCCCUGAGGAGCCUCUUCCUCCAAUGGAACAAAACCUCUUGGCCAUGCUGGAGCCACCUCCUGAGAUCACAGCUGCCAGCGUGCCAGUCAUCGAGCUUCUCCAAAAGCUGUUCCCGCUCCAAGCUGCUCCCAAGAAGGAGCAGUUAACUGGAAAGGACAUCUUCAAGGACAGGAAUCGCGAAGAGCCUGAAGAAAAGAAGCCUCGCUUUUCAGAUGACAGGGACGAGAAUGGAAGCGCGUGCCUUGUGGCGAGUGUAGCAGAAGGCAGGGUCAGCAAGGUUGGCACAGUCGAUCCUCGCAAGGACUUUCAGGUGUUGUGUGCAAGAAAAGAAGAGUUUUCCUUCAAGGAAGUGUCUGAGCAACUGGAACAGUGCCUGGAAAAGUUCCUGGAUUUGCGGGAGAGGACCUACUACAUGAAGACAUUGGACUGCCUAAAAGCAUACCGAGAAGAAGCUAACAAGGCCAAAGAGCCUCACCAGUACAACACAUUCCUGAAGAGACUCAAGCAGCUGGUGGCAGAUCUGGGCCUGCAGGACUUUUGGCAGCUGCUGGUGCAAGAUCGGCUGACCCUGAUCAGCUGUGAGGAAAACUCAGCGAGCAGCGUGACUGGCCAGGAAGCUGAGCAGUUCUUUGUGGUGGAACAGGAGCAGGAAGAGCUGAUGGUUGCUGAGCCGGCAGGAGAUGUCGAUGAUCUGCUGGAGAUGAUGUGAGGUGGCAGCAAGACGACGGAACAUCGAUCGCGAAAGCAACACGUGCCUGCCUUGGCGUUUAGGAGCGUUGUUUGAACGUGGAGCAGACCUGCAUGCUGUUGGCCCUUAGUACAUUUCCCGUGGUUUUCGAGUUGUGACCAUUACACGUUAAACUUGAACGUUAUUGCCGUGCUGUUGUAGUUAGAUUGACACUUGUGUUUGUUGUGACCUUCCUCAAUAUCCGUAUUUGAUCAUGUUUUGAUGUACGUUUCUAAAAAGUUAUGUUUUUGUCAUGUUUUACAUCUUGAUUGACAUUUAUAAAAAGCUAAAAAAGUCAA